AUGGCUAUAUAUUUGUUUAGGCAUGAAGGACCGGUUUGGCAAGUUGCUUGGGCACAUCCAAAAUUUGGUAAUAUCCUAGCAUCAUGUUCUUAUGAUAAUAAAGUAAUUAUUUGGAAAGAACAAAAUGGAUCUUGGAAUAAAAUCCAAGAACAUAAACAUUCAGCAUCUGUAAAUUCAGUUGCUUGGGCACCUCAUGAGCUUGGUCCAAUUUUAGCAUGUGCAUCGUCAGAUGGAAAAGUUUCUGUUUUAACAUUUAAAGAUGAUGGAGCAGCUGAUAUACAAAAAAUUGAUGCACAUUCGAUUGGUGUUAAUUCUGUAAGCUGGGCACCUGCUACAAUGCCAGGUUCACUUGUACAAAUUACCGGUGGGGCACAAAAUGUUAAUGUCACAAAAAAAUUUGCUUCAGCAGGCUGCGAUAACAAUAUAAAAAUCUGGAUUUAUAGUGAUAACGAAUGGAAAGAAGAAUGGAAUUUGGACGGGCACACAGAUUGGGUUCGUGAUGUAGCUUGGGCUCCUAAUGUAGGGCUUUCUAAAAGUUAUUUAGCUAGUGGAUCUCAAGACAAAACUGUUUUGAUCUGGACUCAAGAAACACCAAACUCUCCAUGGACUAAAAAACAACUUAAUGAGAAAUUUUUGGAUGCAGUUUGGAGUGUCAGUUGGUCACUUUCUGGUAACAUAUUAGCAGUUGCUACUGCUGACAACAAAAUCACAUUAUGGAAAGAAAAUUUAAAGGGUGAAUGGGAAAUGUUGACUGAAAUGGCAGAAUAA